AUGGCUUCUUCGCCACAGAAAUCACCUUCUUCUCCCAAAUCCCCGACUCCAAAAUCACCACCUUCAAGAAAAAAAGAUGACUCUUUCCUUGGAAAACUCGGGGGAACUUUGGCCAGAAGAAAAAAGGCAAAAGAAGGUUCGUUCAUUAGGCUAUAUUUGGUUUAUUAUUAAGGCAUCUACAUAAAAAGGUUGACAUCACGAAAGCUAAAAAGGAUUAGAAAUAAAAUAUGAUUCCUGUUGAAUAGUAGGCUACAGUAGGCUAUAUGCUAUAAAUAGCCACAUUCCACAGUUUUCUAUUUCAGAAUUGAACAUUUCGUUGAAUAGAUUAAUUACAGUUUUUGCAUGAAAACAAGCUAAGAAACAUUGCUAUAUGGUGUUUUCAAGACAACUUGGAACUCGGAAAAAACCAGGUCAAAUCAUGACGUCGGUGAACUUCAUGUCGGAAAGUCGGAGCUCUAGAAAGAUGCCCGAGUUCCCGACUUGGAAUUCCGAGUUGGUUGACCGUUAAAAAAAACAUUAAAAUCAAAUCAAAUUAAAUGUUACUUGUCACAUACACGUUUAGCAGAUGUUAUUGAUGGUGUUGCGAAAUGCUUGUGUUUCUAGCUCAAACAGUGCAGUAUAUCUAACAAUUCAAAAGCAUUCUCAGUCGGAGCUCGUUUUUUUCCCGAGUUCCCAGUUGUCUUGAACGCAAUGAAGAGUGAAGUCGGAGAUUUCCGAGUUCCGAGUUCCCAGUUGUUUUGAACGCGGCAAUAGUAUAGGCCUACUUGUAAUUGCUGAGGUGUGUCUAUUUUCAUGACGUCAUUUUGUAUACGUCAACGGGGAUGGUGACUGAAAGACCCUCUUCAAGUUUGAUGUCUGCAUCUAUCAUCAAAUAACUGUGAUAAUAAUUUAGAUUAUUUUGUUUUUGGUGAGGUGGACAGCAUCUAUUUGGGUUUUAUUACAUUGUAUCUGUCCAAGCCAUAGCAGGAGAAGGCUGUGUGUCUCUGUGUUUACAGUACACAUCCUGAACUACUGCCAUGUAAGGAUAAGAGGCUGCUGGUAUUCAUUCCAUCACAGAUGUCUUCACCAAGGAAGGAGGGAAAAGUCCCAUGCUCUCUCCAGCACAACCACUGCCUGAGUUCAGACCAGAGGCUGCCAAGGCCUUCAUAGUUUCACAUUUAUUUAAAUCAUACCUUCAAUUAAGUAUUAAUUAGACAAGCACUUGAGUUUUCGUUGAAUCUUUUUGGUAAAUGAGCAAGCAUCAAGUAUGAUUAAAUGUCUGAAGAACUAUUAUUGUUUAUAACGUCUCUUGGAAGACACUUUGACCCAUUUUCAUUAAUUACAUUUGAAGCAUAUCUUUUGAUACAGACAUGCCCUAUAUAUACUCCUGUGAUUGAAAUAAUUUGUCUACCCUACCUCAGAGGGGCAUGUGAAAGUGAGUCUGCAGCUGAGCCCCAUUCACCAAAAUACCGAACUGAUACUGACAAACCUGGUCCUGUAGGGGUACGUUCCAUGGAGGGCCUCUCCACUGCCAUGACAGCAACAUACAGUAUUUCAAUUAUAUGAGCGUUAUUGUGAACCAUGUUGUGUCUCUACCUGUGAACUGAGGAGCUGUCCUUUCAGAUCAGAGAGACAGAGAGGUUUACAUUAUACAGAUGAUGCUUUUGUGUUGGUUCAACAAUCUGUUGAAGAACCAAAUAGAUGCAGCUCUUUUAGUGUGACGAAGGAGGAAGGUAUCUCUGUCUCUGUGGGUUAGGCCUGAACAGCAGAGGGAGGUCUUGGUGUUGAUUACUAACAGGAUGUUGACAUCUCCAGGGGGGUGCUUUCUCUGUUUGGGAGGAAACGGAAAAAAAACCUAUCGUAGUUUGUUCAGCAGGCCUUUAUCACGUUAUGUUAUGCAGCUCUGCAUCAGUGCUAUAGUGAUCUUACUGACAUAUCAACUGGUCCGGACAGGAACUGGCAGUACUGGCACCAUGGCCAGGCAGAGCGGUCAGGUUGUCACAUCACCUGUGUGAAUUCCCCACAUGUGCCAAUUUGUACGACGCCAGGUGAGGUAAGUGAAAUGAUCAGGGAAGGAGGCGGAUGCUCAGGAUAGCAGCGUGAGACCGAGCCUAGAUCUAUGAACGCCUAGCAACUGGAGGGAGAGCAUGGCCUUGUCCUGUGUGGGGCGAUGUGUCUCAGAGAGAAAGCUUAUUUUCUAAGAGGUAAUGGCUAUCAGCAUGGUCUGAGCUAUCAGAGCAACUGACCAUGACUGCUUAGUUAAUAGACAUACACUCUGUCACUUCUCCUCCAAUUUACGGUAAUGGUGUGAUUGGCUCAUUAUGGGAGUCUCCCCAUGUAGUAUUAUCACUGGCUACAAUGAGGCGCUUCAAUUUAUUGAUCAAAGCUAGACUGAGAUCUCUCUCUCCUGGCUAACCCGAACGUGACCAAAGAUAACCGGUUAUAAUUAGAGACAUGCUUUGUGAGCCAACUCUUCCCAGUAAGACCAAUGUGCCAUAAUACUGACAACCUGGCAUGAAGAGCACAGCUUAACCUGAAGAAAAGAGCCCUAAAUUGGGUGGAAUGGGUGUAGAGCACAGCUUUAGGUGAGUAGAGGAAAGACUCACUCUCUCUGUUAUUUGUCUACAUGUGAGCUUUACUGCUGAGAUGAUGAGGGCCAAUAUUGUGUGUUGCUGAUGCUAUUUGACUUGCCCUCCGAUUUUCUCCGCUGGACACAUUUUUCCUGCCCAUCAACUCAAUGGAGGUCUCAGUACAGUUGUAUAAUAAUUAGCCUGUCACACAUUGAGUCAGGCCACUAAAGGUCUCUGCUUCUCUGCUUCUGCAGUGUCUGAGCUCCAGGAGGAGGGGAUGAAUGCCAUCAACCUGCCCCUCAGCCCCAUCCCCUUUGAGCUGGACCCGGAGGACACCAUGCUGGGUAAGGCGUCCAUCUCCACUCCUGCAGUGUAUCGCACACAAACACACACACACACACGCUCUCACUUUCUCGCUCUCUCUUGUGCUCUCUCUCAUUGUCUAUAUUCUAAACCUGUGUGUGUGUGUGUGUGGUUCUAGAGGAGAAUGAGGUUCGCACCAUGGUUGACCCAAACUCCAGGAAUGACCCCAAACUGCAAGAACUGAUGAAGGUGUGAGAUAUAAAAUAACUGCUGUAUGUCACAAUCAAAGCAUUGGAAAGCAAUAUUGGGUGCCUUAUGAAUGUACAGUGUGUAUGUGCCUGUUAAAUUCCAUAUCAUGUUUUGUAUGCAGGUACUCAUAGACUGGAUCAAUGAUGUGCUGGUGGGGGAGAGAAUCAUUGUCAAAGACCUGGCUGAGGACUUAUACGAUGGGCAGGUUCUGCAGAAACUCUUUGGUACAGUAUUUAAUUCCCUCCAAAACAUCCCUGCUAUGCUUGCAAUGCAGCACAUUAUUCUCUGGCAUUUGACUGAUUCCAAUUGGAUUUGAUGGUCCUCCCUGUGUUUUCGUUGUAUGACAAUAAAACAUAUUUAUUUAUUUUUGUAUUACAGAGAAGCUGGAGGGUGAGAGGCUGAAUGUGGCUGAGGUGACCCAGUCUGAGAUAGCCCAGAAGCAGAAGCUGCAGACGGUUCUGGAGAAGAUCAACGACACUCUGAAGGUCUCAAUCAGAAACAUCAAAUGGACCGUUGACUGUAGGUGACAUGUUUCACAGAGCACUGUUUCAUUCGAAUCCCUUGUAUUCUAUACAUUUGUUAAUGUUUUUUUGGAAUGUGUUGAUCAAAGUUAUUAUUAUGACAAUGGUGUGUGUAAAAGACAAUGUAAAGGUGAUGUAAUAAGGUAAUGCUUGUUUGAUCAUUUUGUUGGGUGACAGAGAGGCACAGAGGCAAAGUUCACAUUGGACUAAUCUGCACCCUGCUGACCCUCUGACAUUAUGACCAUAGAAGUAAUCCCUGUCUCAAGAGGUGGGAGGUCACGGUACUCAUGACGCAUGUCAACGAAAAAACUCAUUGUCUUAUUUCCUUUUUCAAUGUUUAUUUUUUAAGGAAAUGCUGAAGCCAUGUUUUUUUCCCAUUGGUUUAUUAUUCUUUGGUGUAUUGUAACCUUCUAAUUCUCUUAAAUUACAGUUUAAUUUUCUUUGUUCUUUUUAUCCUUUGUAGAUGAUCUAAAAUCACUUCAGGAAAUCAAUAGGAUUGUUUUUGAUUGUGAUCAAAGGACAGCUAAUCCCUUUGUUUUUCACUCAUAUCCUCCCAUACAGGUUCUCUAAAUAGUAAAUGCAAUAUUUUAGUGGUAAAUUAUCAUAUCAUAUUUACAUGUAUUUUGGAAUUCCAUCUUUCAAGAAGCAGCCUGAUGUAUCAGUCACAUGACACUCCAGACAACAAGAAUGGAAAGGGUUGUUACAGUUUCUAACAAAGGCACAUUACUUCUACCCCAAAGACACAAGUUUAUUUUAUACUUGACACUGAGUUUAUCGUUUUGUUUUUGACCUUUGUUUAACCUUCAACUUGGCAUUGUGAAAGCUGAGAGUCACCAAUCUUGAUAAUUGUGAAAAAAUAGAAUUUCUUCUUAUCUAAACCCUGCUCCAGUACACCAGCGUGUGCAUCAUCUGUUUAAUGACAAUGCCCAGUGGAUGUACUAUAACAUUCCUCUCAUUUCUUCCCUCUUUCUUUUCACCCCUAGCCGUCCAUGCUAAAAGCAUCGUGGCCAUUCUCCAUUUAUUGGUGGCGCUGUCUCAGCACUGCCGCGCCCCCAUCCGCCUACCUGAUCAUGUGUCCAUUCAAGUUGUGGUUGUACAGGUAUAGUCCUUUGCUGCUACAUUUUGUACCACAAAAAGGGAACCCCCCCCCCCAAAAAAAAACAAAAAACAAAAAUAGAGUGAAAAUUCCGAUUUUCACAAUUGUCUGUUGUUCCCCACAGAAACGGGAGGGGAUCCUGCAGUCUCGCCAGGUUCAGGAAGAGAUCACAGGGAACACGGAGUAUGUCUUCACUGUCAUCCCUUUUAACUAACUAUGUACAGAUGUCUCAAUGAAACUACCCAACUUGUGCUGUCUUCCACAAGGCCUUUAUCAGACCCUCAGGGGGAUGAAGAGAAAAUGUCAGAAAAUUGUUUAUAGAGGCAGCCAAGAAAAUGAAGGCCAAUGUUUAAGGAAAGAAGGCCUUAGAAACUUGGCAGUGAAGAUUAUGUUAAUUGUAUCAUUUGCUUUCCAUAUUCAAAGGUAAUGGAGGUAUAAGUAUGAGGGAUGAGAACCGAACACAAUCAUGUACUCUGCCUUGGAAAGGUCAUUCAAAACAAGGUGAUUAUUGGGUGAAUCACGUCUGUAAAUAUCUGUUUACAAAUCAGUCAGCAAAUGAGUCCGCUGGGCAUUGAAGCAGUUGGAACAAUUGAGGGACUGAUGAGGGGAAUGGAACGGCCUCUCCCGGUCUCGCGUUAAAGCGGAAAGACAAUGCGGACACGCCAACUCCUUGGGGGGCCGAUAUGGACAGUUGGAGCCCCAUGCUGAUGGGCAGAUUUAGUGAGGGGAGGGGGGGUUCAGGGGUCUGCCCCUGCCAGCCCCACCACUGCUUUAUGGAGCUGCAGCUGAUUAAUAGUGGUCCAACGGGUGCAAAUCAGCUCUGGAGAUAAGAGGGAGGGGCCCUGGGCUGUUGUCCUACGAGAGGCAGCAGCUGCUAAAGCAUGCCUCUGCCGAGGAAGAUUGGACCGUGAAGACAAGCCACUGCCUCCCGGGCACAUGUCCACCAGGCAGGCCCACCACACAGCGUUUGAUCGGACCGCUCCUUGGAUAGAACCACAACGCAGAUCUCUUUGUUUGUCUUCCUGCCUGGCCCUCUUGAUUAGACCAUCUGCAUUCAAUUAAUAUUUUCCAGUUUAAACAAAGUCCUAGUUUAUUUUUUCUUCUCAUUUGAACUUGUCUGUUUCGUCUAAUGUUUUUCUCUAGCGCUGUGAUUAGACAGUACGAUACCAGUGCUGAAAUACAUUGUUCUCUUUUCUUGCAGGGCUCUAUCAGGAAGACAUGGUAAGCAUUUUCACUUUGUUGUAAUGAAAGAAGAAAUUUGCCAUAUUACCAUACAUUUAUUUUAGUUAAUUUGCCAUUACAUUAUUACUAUUUUAUUCCUUCUAUAUUACUAAAAUGAACAUUCUGAUGUCUGUUAUUGUAAUGGUUUAACCUCUAUUCGAUUUCAGAGCGAGAUGCGUUUGACACCUUGUUUGACCAUGCACCAGACAAGCUGAAUGUGGUGAAAAAGGCAAGUCUCCAUCCUAAUUAGAAAAAUAGACGGUAUUCAUUGUUUGUGUAACAUUUACAUUUACUGAAUACCUGCCCUUCUUGCAGACGCUGAUCACCUUUGUGAACAAGCACUUGAACAAGUUGAACCUGGAGGUGUCUGAAUUGGAUACACAGGUGAGAUUCCUUUGUUUCCAUUUGAAUAUAACUGCUUAUGAUUUGAAGAUGAACCUGGUCAUUAUUAGUAUGUUUUACCUGUCAUAAAGUUUGCUGAUGGUGUGUACCUGGUGUUGCUGAUGGGACUGCUUGAGGGUUACUUUGUUCCUCUCGUCAACUUCUUCCUAACGCCAGAGCAUUUUGACCAAAAGGUAGGCUACAUUGUAAAUCAGACUAAUUUUCAUCCCUUACAAAUAGUUUACAGUGAGCUGCUUACUGGACUGGCAUGGCUCAUGCUGGAUUUCUUUUCCUAUAUAGGUGCACAAUGUGACCUUCUCCUUUGAGCUGAUGCAAGAUGGCGGCCUGGAGAAACCCAAGCCACGGGCAGAGGGUGUGUGGCUUCAUUCUGUACACAUAAAUUGUUUCUGAAAGAAAGAUAUGUGACAGCAGAAUUUCAAAAUUGUGUCUUUCGGGAUUAAACAACAACAACAAAAUGUCGGGAAUGUUCUUCCCUUUGGGCAGUAUUCAUUCAACACUCUUUAUAUCAGAGCAUGCCUUCUAAUCAUAACAACAGAGAGAGAGAGCAAAUAUCAAUUUUAGUCAUUUAGCAGACUCUUAUCCAAAGCGACUUACAGGCACUGCUUUGCUCAAGUGCACAUCAACAGAUUUUUCACCUAGUUGGCUCGGGGAUUCGAACCUGCAACCUUUCGGUUUACUGGUCCUACACACUUAACCGCUAGGCUACCUACUGCCCUUUUUGAUGUGGGAUUACUUUUAUCCCCUGGCUAUUACCAUUUGGCCGUUGGGUUAAUUGAACUGAGGCCUGUAACAGUUUUAAUGGUACGGUCAAGCACCAGUGAGUGGCCCAUGAUGACUGCAUUGGGCUGUAACAUUGAGUGUUCCCCUUUAGCUUUGAUUUAAAGGUGGUUGCAUGCCAAAUUAUAGCAAUAGGCCUACUUAAAGCACACUGCAAUCAUAGCUUCAUGGAAGCAUGGGGCUCAGGCAACAUCUGUUUUUAUAAUGCAUCUUUCCUCAUAGCGUAGAUGAAAGAUUCCAGUUUUGCCUCACAGGAUGUAAUGGGCUAAUGUAGAUCUUAUAGGUGUUGUGUCUUAAGUAUACAGUAGCUAGCAACAGGAGCUGGUUCCAAUUACAGGCGAUGUUUGAAGAAGGUAUCAUACAGCGUGUAAAUCGCAGCUCUGAAUCUGGCUCAUUUUAGAUAUUUUUAUUGUAAAUGUUUCCCAGACUAAAGUCUGACUUUGGUUUUUCUGAUCUUUUGGCAGAUAUUGUGAACUGUGACCUGAAGUCUACUCUGAGGGUACUCUACAACCUCUUCACCAAAUACAGAAAUGUGGAAUAA